AUGGCAAUCGCUCAAAACACAACGUUUAUCCCAGUGAACGUUGGAGUGGUUCUUGACUUGGACGAUUUGGGUGGCAAGAUAGGGUUGAGUUGCAUCAACAUGGCCAUCUCAGACUUCUAUGCCACUCAUGGUCACUACAAAACAAGGCUGCUACUGACCACCAGAGACUCCAAGAAAGAUAUUGUUGGAGCAGCUUCAGCAGCCCUGGAUUUGAUAGAAAAUGUGGAAGUGCAAGCAAUUAUAGGGCCAACAACAUCAACGCAAGCAAACUUUGUUAUUGGCCUUGGAGAAAAAGCUCAGGUGCCCAUUAUAUCAUUUUCUGCAUCGAGUCCUUCUCUUACUUCCAUCAGGAGUUCCUAUUUUUUCCGAGCUACGCAAAAUGACUCAAGUCAAGUCAAAUCCAUUUGUGCAUUGGUUCAAGCCUUUGGAUGGAGAGAAGCAGUACCUAUCUAUGUCGAGGACGACUGUGGAGAGGGAAUCAUACCUUAUUUGACUGAUGCUUUGCAAGAAGUUGAUGCUCGUGUUCCCUACCGCAGUGUCAUUUCUCCUUCAGCUACUAAUGAUCAAAUUGUUGAAGAGCUUUACAAGUUGAUGACAAUGCAAACUAGAGUUUUCAUUGUGCACAUGUUUCCAUCUCUUGGCGCUCGGCUUUUUGUCAAAGCUAAAGAGAUUGGGAUGAUGAGUGAAGGCUAUGUGUGGAUCAUGACUGAUUGGCUGACCGCAGCUCUCUCAAGUUCACCAGAUCCUGUUGUCAUUGAUGCUAUGCAGGGAGUAUUGGGUGUUAAGCCUUAUGUUCCAAAAACAAUGGAGCUAGGAAAUUUUCGGUUUCGGUGGAAAAGGAAAUUCCAACAAGAUAAUUCAGACAUGGUUGAUGCUGAGUUUAACAUUUAUGAACCACAAGCCUAUGAUGCUACAAUAGCAUUGGCCAUGGCAAUUGAGAAAGCUGGUACAGCAAACUUAGGAUUUCGAAAGGCAAAUGUUUCUAACAAUUCAUCAACCGAUCUUGAAAAUUUCGGGGUCUCUCAAAAUGGUCCAAGCCUUCUCAGAGAAUUAUCAAAAACUAGUUUUGAAGGUCUCACAGGAGAUUUCCGCUUCAUUAAUGGGCAGCUACAAUCAUUGGCUUUCCAAAUAGUUAAUAUGAAUGAAAAUGGAGCAAGGGGGAUUGGAUUUUGGACUUCAAGAAAUGGACUCGGAAGGAACCUUAAUAAGCGGAAAACAAAUACCAGUACUUACUCUACUUCCAAGUCCAGUCUUGCCACUAUUAUAUGGGCAGGGGAUUCAACUUCUAUUCCCAAGGGCUGGGAGAUUCCUACAAACGGGAAGAAGUUGCAGAUAGGAGUACCCAGCAAUGGUUUCGAUGGAUUUGUGAAGGUGACAAGAGAUAAUAGUUCCAAUAUGACAACAGUCACAGGAUACAGCAUAGCUAUUUUUGAUGCCGUAGUUGAAGAAUUACCUUAUGCCAUGACUUAUGAGUACAUCCCCUUUGCCAAGCCCAACGGCAAAUCUGCUGGAACUUACAAUGAUCUGGUCUAUCAAGUGUACUUAAAGAAGUACGAUGCUGUGGUCGGAGAUACAACUAUUACUGCCAACAGGUCCAGGUACGUUGAUUUUACGUUGCCUUACACAGAAAGUGGCGUCUGGAUGAUUGUUCCAAUCAAAGACGAAAGAAACAAAAAUGCUUGGGAGAGAGUGGUUAGCAACUUGGCUCGAAUAGUUGUAACCAUAUGGUGUUUCGUUGUGCUCAUUCUAACUCAAAGCUACACCGCCAGCUUAAGUAGCAUGCUUACCGUUCAGCAGCUCCAGCCUUCAGUCUCCAGCGUAAAUGAGCUCAUUCAAAAGGGGGAGUUUGUGGGCUACCUAGAGAACUCUUUUGUGUUGGGAAUCCUGAAACACUUAGGUUUUGAUGAAUCCAAGCUUAUGGUGUAUAGUUCUCUGGAAGAAUGCGACGAGCUUUUCUCCAAAGGUAGCGGAAAUGGUGGCAUUGCUGCUGCGUUCGAUGAAGUUCCAUAUAUGAAGCUCCUACUAUCUAAGUAUUGCUCCAAAUAUACUAUGGUCGAACCUACAUUUAAAACAGGCGGUUUCGGCUUCGUUUUCCCUAAAGGUUCUCCUCUUGUAGCUGACGUAUCAAGAGCAGUUCUAAAUUUCACUGAAGGAGAUAAAAUGAAGGAAAUCGAGGAUGCUUGGUUUGGCAAAAAAAGCAGGUGUCUAGAUUCCGACACCUCGGUUUCAUCUAAUAGCCUUAGUCUGAAGAGUUUUUGGGGAUUAUUUUUAAUCACUGGAGUAGCUUCUUUUUUAGCUCUUAUGAUUUUCAUAGCCAUCUUUGUUAACGAGCACAGAACAGUACUCCUGCAGCCCUCCGAUUCAGAAGCUUCAACAUGGACGAGAAUUCUCGAUUUGUUUAGAAUUUUCAUUCAGAAGGACUUAAAAUCCCAUGCUUUCUGUAGCUAUAGAAGUGAACCGAACCCAAACCACAUAGCUAACCCCGGAGAUCCUCCACCCGCAGACAAUGGUGAUGAUCCGAAUCCGAAUGCACAACCACCUGAUCAAGAGGAAGUACGAAAUUUUGAUCAGCCUAUCAUCCCAAAUCAAGAUAGACCAGCAGCUAUUGAAAGUGAACCGAACCCAAACCACAUAGCUAUCCCUGGAGAUCCUCCACCUGCAGACCCAGGUGAUGAUCGGAAUCCGAAUGCAGAACCACCUGAUCGACAGGAAGUACAAAAUGUUGAUCAGCCUAUCAUCCCAAAUCAAGAUAGACCAGCAGCUAUUGAAAUAAACCACGAAAACAAUUGGCUUAGCUUGUAG